AUGUUCUCUAUCAGCCCCAUCUCCAACCUUUUCGCUGGUCUGUCCUCAGAAGACUUCGCCGAGCGAUACACCCACUACAACGAAAUGGAGAAUAAUGAGACGAUGACUGGCGUUGUUGCAAUACUCAAGAAGGAACUCCACAAUGACGCCCACAAGGUGUUCCUGCCCGAGAACGAACUCAAGACCAUUGCUCUGUCUGAGUUUGCAACCUACAGUGUAAUUGAAGAGGACGAAGAGUACCCUGUCUUUGUCGAGACUCAGAAGCCCCUCAAGUUCUAUCCAGAAAUCUCCACCGAACUAUGGGACGAGAUUUGUCAACGCCAAGAGGAGGCUACAGGUGUCAGUGCCGAGAUUUCCGGUAUCAACUUCGACUAUGGAGCCACCUCCACUUACUGUGUCCCUAUUCAUGGACCUGCUGUGGUUCUGAAGUUCGAGACAGUGGUUGAGCUGCUCCUGCUCCUGUUUCUCAAUAAUAACUAG